UUGACUAAGCUGGGCAAUACGCACAACAACAAGCAAAUAUGGCGGGCUUAAAUAUUCUUGUUUUUGGGUUGUGUGGAAUUUAGUGAUUUUUCUAUUCAAUCGAGAUAAAUAACUUCUCCAAUAAAGCUAUUUAGGUCCAAUAUAAUAAGAUUAUUUUCAUGGGUAUGAUUUCUAAAUCAAAAAAAAUUGUCAAAGAAAAUCGUUUACUGAUGGAGGAAGACGUCAAUUUCCAUGAAAGUAUUUAUAAAAAUAGGCAAGAAUUUGUGGAUGAAAAAUAUAUUACGCGUUCCUAUUUCAAAGAAGAUAAAGAAGUAGACCAACUUCUUGGAAAACAGAAAAAUGAUAAUGAGAAAAAGCCUGCUGAGGUGUUUCGAACAGAUUUUAUAACUGCAAUGAAAAUUCCAGAUUCUCAACAACUUCCUUCUGGUCAAACAUUCAUUUUAACUGAUACUUGGAAACAAGAGUGGGAAAAAGGUGUUCAGGUUCCAGUUGGUGAGACACCAUUAAAACCGAUUGUUAGACACCUUCCUUCUUCUACAACAAAAGAUUUUUUUAUCUUACCAGUUGAAAGAAUUACAUUUGAUGAAGAAAAAUAUCUAAAGGCCAUAGAUCGAAGCUCUACUUCCUGUAGCUAUGAUCUUGAUGACAUGGACGUUAGUUGGCUUGAUUCAGUUAAAAAAUUGAGGACUUUAAAGAAAGUUUCUGAGAUUGACGAAUUAACUAUGGAAAGAGCUAUCACAUAUUUUGAACGAAAGUGCUUUGAUAACAUGGUUCAUGCUGUGGCAACAAAAGAAGGGCUUAGUAUUGAGUAUGAUGAGUCUACAACCUGCAUGGUUUGUUUGUCUCCUGAUGCAGAAGAUGAUAAUGAGAUAAUCUUUUGUGAUGCUUGUAAUAUGUGUGUUCAUCAGCACUGUUAUGGUGUAUUAGAAAUACCAGAAGGUAAUUGGUUAUGUAACCCAUGUUCUCGUGGGGUGCUCUCUCCACCAUGCUAUCUUUGUCCAAACAAUGGUGGUGCAAUGAAACGACUCAAAGAUUCCUAUGAAUGGGUUCAUGUUAUGUGUGCCUGGUGGAUUCCUGAGGUGAAAAUUGAAGAUUCAAAAUAUGUAGAGAGAAUCACUAUUGAUAAAAUACCUAUGAAGAGAUGGAGUCUUAGUUGUGAAAUUUGUCAUGUUAAGAAAGGUGCCUGCAUACAAUGCACAGUUAAACGCUGCGUAAGAGCUUAUCAUAUAACGUGUGCUGCAAAAGAAGGUCUGGAACUAAAAACAGUUAUUGUACCUGAAAAAGAUGAUGUUCAUCAUAUUUCAUUUUGCUCCAAACAUUGUACACCUAUACCACCAGAGCAAAAUGUUCAUAGAAAAAAUUGUGACGGGAUUGAAAAUACUCGACUGAAAGAAUUACGAAAAUUGGAAUCAAACUUUCAUUCAUUAGUAAAAGUCACUCGUGCUUCUAAAGAUCUAAAUUUAGAUAAAGAGGCUACAAGGAGAUUGCAUUCUUAUUGGACCUUAAGAAGGCGGGAUAAUGGAAAUGUUCCUUUAAUCAAGCUUACUUUUGAACAACAAGAAAAACUAAGCGGAAAGCAGGGUGUAGUGUUUAUUAACCAACAAAAAACUUUAGAGAUGGAGCGCUUUCUUUUUCUGCGCCAAGAUCUUGAAAGGCUUCGUAAUUUGUGUUAUAUGAUUGUUCGUCGUGAAAAGAUUAGAAAAGAAAUUCAACGUGUGUCUAUGGAUAUAUUUUACAAAGAAAAUGAUAUCGCGCUUAAUGAAAAUACUUAUGGCGAUAGUCAAAACAAACUCCGAUGUAAAGCAGCAAAAUUCAAUAAUUUUUCAGAUAUUUAUCGUACCAACAAAGUAUUUCAGGAAGAAACCGGGUUACUAAUUGACAUGUGUAAUGAUGACGAAAUUUUAGAGGAGUAUAAUAAGUUAGAAAACUUCAGCUCUAUUGAAAGGUUUAAUCCAAACGAUUUAUCACGUAAAGAGUUCCAAAAAAAAUUGAAAAAGAAAAAAAAUGUAGAAACAGCUGAAAAAACCAGCGAUCGAGAGCGGAACAUUUUUUCCUUAUUCAACUCGUGUAUCAAGACAGAUCAUAAACUUCUACUAGAAAAUAAAGAAAAAACUUUAGAUAUAUUAGAAGCACGUAAAACAGUUUUGCAUCUUUUAAAUGAAAACCAACCUUUAAAACUAAAAAACUCGACUGAACAAAUUGAUGACGAAAAAAAUGUUUUUGAUAAAAUUGAUAAGCUAAUCGAGUCUAAUGACUCCUUAGAUGUUUCCUGCGAUGAUAUUUCGAUCAAAAAUGAUUGCUGUAAAAAAUCUAUUCUGGCUAAACGAGGCAAAAAGCGCUUCCGUAAUCUUCACGAUAUUAGAGAAAAAAGAAUCAGUCAAAUUUCUAAAACUCGUUCCAAAAUGCGAUUCUUUUAUCCAAACUAUUCAUGUUUACCUGAAGAAUCAGACAACCCGCCUAAUAGUAAUAACACUUCGACUCUGAGGUUUCAAUCAACAACGAACAAACUCGAGCAUCCAGUAACAAAUGUUAAACCAAAAAAAUCUCGAAGCUUAACGAACAAUAUUACAAGCUCCUUGAACACUAAACAUUCGAUCUAUAUAGACAAAGCAAAACGACGAAGAUUGAAUGUUUCUAGUGUAAAAGAUGAGUUUGAUGAUAGUUGUGAUUCAAAUCCUACUGAUUUUAUUCGUAUUACUAGGUCACGAGUGGCUUCUUGAUCCUAGAAUCUCAUUGGAAACGUCUGAUUUUUAAAUUCCAACAUAAGUGUAUUUUAAGAAAUAUAAUUUUUAUAGCAAAUAAGAAAAUAUCGCAAGAAUAUUAUUUCCAUUGAAA